CAUCCGUUUAGGGUCACCGCAACCCCCACCCAUGAAGCUGCAGCAGCUGCCUUCGGCCAUGAUCAGUGAUCACAACAGUACUGGAGUAGCAGCGCCGGCAGAUCUCACCGCUGACGAUGACCGAGACCGCGAUCACGACCUCCUGAUGCCCGGCUUCCGCUUCCACCCCACCGAGGAGGAGCUCAUCGACUUCUACCUCCGCCGCAAGGUCCAAGGCCGCCGCUUCAACGUCGACCUCAUCCCCUUCCUCGACCUCUACCGCUACGACCCCUGGGACCUCCCAGUUUUUGCGACGAUGGGAGAGAAGGAGUGGUACUUCUAUGUUCCGAGGGAUCGAAAGUACCGGAACGGCGACCGGCCUAACCGGGUCACUCCGUCGGGCUACUGGAAGGCGACGGGGGCGGACAGGGUGGUUCGGUCGGAGAAUGGAGCGCGGUCGAUCGGGCUGAAGAAGACGCUGGUGUUCUACUCCGGGAAGGCACCCAAGGGGAUUAGGUCAAGCUGGAUCAUGCACGAGUACAGGUUGCCACACAGUGACACGACACUGCAAUAUCAGAAGACGACUGAGAUCUCUCUCUGCCGGGUCUACAAGAGAGCUGGAGUAGUAGAAGACAACUACCAGACCACUCCCGCACCUGCCGGAAUAUUCUUAGACAGAAAGCACUACUCUUCCUCUGCAAAACCGGUCGCCGCCGGCGCCGGAACCCUAAGCAGCACCGCCACGUCGCUGAAAGAAAACAGCAGCACUUCACUGAACCCUAAUAACUCCUCCAACUCCAUGGAAAUCAAUAACUACCAAGGUCUUCUUCUCACGAACCAACAGCUAGGUCAAGGGUUGAUGAUGGUGCCGCCACAUGAGCCACAGCAGUUGACUCCGGCGAACCAGCUCACUAUGUCGUUGCCGAUGAUCUCGGAGAAGCUGUGGGAAUGGUGGAGCAGUUAAUUCUCCUUCCGAGGUCGGUAAUUAUUCGGGAUUAGUUGGAAAUGAGGGUUUAUAUUGGUUUAAUUAUAUUGUCGUGUUCUAGGAAUUGUUGUGUGUGCAUAUAUAAUUAUGGUUGUCUGUGAGAUUAUUAAGGUACUUAACUAUUAAUUAAUGGAGAUUUGUUCUUGUAAUCGAGAUAGAUAAUGAUGUUGCAUGAAGACUUUCAUAGAGGGAAAUUGCU